AUUUAAGUACCAGAAAACUUACAAAACUGAUUUCAAUUCGAAGGGUACACAAUUAUACAAAUGUUUGUAAACUGCUGGUAAAAACGUCGAACAAAGUAGAAAGUUUACUUCAUCGAUCAUAACGGUAUUCCAGCUUACAUGUAGCAGCAUUCCUCGAAAGCAAUUAAACAUGGAAUAAUUUGCCGACAAGUCUAGAACAAAGAUGCAUCAUCACGUACAACAUGAUAGCAAUGGUGAUGAAACCUCUUCUUCAUCUCUCUUUCCUCACCGGUAUCCAGGCAACAAAUCGGUGUUUAGUAGAUUGUCGCACUAUGUUCGACCAAAACCACUGAAAGUUUUGGUACUAGGCCUUGCAGGAGUAGGAAAGUCAGCUCUAACUGUUCGCUUCAUCACCAGAAGGUUUAUCGGAGACUAUGAUCCUACUCUGGAGGAUGUUUACACUCAUGAGACUAUAUUUAACAAUGAACCGGUCAUCCUUCACAUUCUGGACAGCGCAGGUCACAGUCACGACACGGAACCUUUCUUCAUGGAGUCUAAUAUUCGCUGGGCUGAUGCAUUCAUUCUGAUGUAUUCUGUUACUGAUAAAUGUAGUUUUGACGAAUGUAACCGCUUAAAGUUUCUCAUCAAUCUUUACAACAAACGAUGCCGAAUUUUGGGAGCCCCUAUAUUUCACGGACUCAUUACCGAAGUUCCUGUAUUGUUAGUUGGAAACAAGGCUGACCAAUAUGACGACAGAAUGAUCUCAAAAAUGGAGGGAGAACGUCGAAGUCGCGAAAUAGGCUGCGUGGGAUUCCACGAGAUUUCUGUGCGGGAAUCAAUAGAUGACGUGGAAACCGUUUUCAAAGACCUAUACCACCACUGGAAAACAUGGAAUAAGACAAGCAAAAUAAGACGUUGUUCUAGUGAUGUUGGUUCAGGACAGCCAAUUAAGAGACUUUCAGUUUUCAGCAAAACUCCUCUGCUUAGCUUUCAGGAAGAAAAGGAUCGUUUUGAAUCUGAAACAAAUGUCCCAGAGCAAUCUGGUAUGACGUUGAACGAAUCUGUGCCGUUUACAUUCCGAGAACGCGCUUGUACCGAUGGAACGUUACAUACCCCCGCUAGAUGGCGCCUCAGAAACACCAGGUUUCACAGUGCAGCCAGCUCUCCACUUCAAAUUCGUCGAAUGAGUAUCAGUAUGCGAGGAAGUGAAUCAAACUAG